AUGGAAGUCAACAGUGGGGAAGAUCAUCAGUACGCAGAAUCAUCGGAAUGGUUCGUAAAGUACUUAAACCGUCAAGGAGAUUGGUUAGAGAAAACCAGAGGGAACCUGAUGGUUGCAGCAACGGUUAUAGCUGGUAUGAGUUUUCAAGUUAUGGUUAGUCCUCCGGGUGGCGUUUGGCAGAGUGACAAUUGUUCAUCCGGGGAUCAAUCCGGAACUUCAUCGGUUUGUAAGGCCAAAGCCGGAACUUCGGUACUGGAGCACGAUAGUUCAAAGCGUAGACUCUAUCUUGGAAUGGUUAUUAGCAGUACAGUGUCGUUUUCUGCUUCCAUGAGCCUUAUCCUCCUCGUCAUCAGCGGUUUACGACUUAGAAGGAGCCGCGAAACAAAUUUCGUCGUUGUUCUGAUAAUUUUUCGAGGAGAAGAAGAUCGAUGGAUUACGGAGACGAUCGGAAAUGGUAUUGAAUCUGUAACAACACCAACUACUGCAACAACUGGUCAGGAUCUUUUGAAUGAUGAAAUUGUUUCUGAACAUUUAACCAGGAAUAUCCAGUUUUUCAAUCUUGAAUCUCAGCGUAAAGUAACAGAAUCAUAUGUUGUUGUGAUUGGACUUGGAGGUGUAGGGAGUCAUGCUGCAUCUAUGCUCUUACGGUCAGGUGUUGGAAAGCUCCUCCUCGUCGACUUUGAUCAGGUCUUUUACGCUGUUACAUUCACCUUUCAUUAUAUGGAUAUACAUACAGUCUGUUUUCAACUCAAUUUUUUGCAUUACAACCUUCCUAUGUUGUCACUUUCAUCAUUGAAUCGAUACGCUGUUGCAACAAGAGAAGAUGUUGGUAUCCCGAAAGCUACUUGUCUCAAGAACCAUUUCUCUUUGAUCUUUCCUGAAUGCUGUGUUGAAGCCAAGGUGAUGCUGUAUGACUCAUCUUCCGAAGAAGAGAUUCUUUCAGGCAAUCUUGAUUUCGUUUUGGACUGCAUUGACAACAGUGAUACAAAGGUGGCACUUUUGGCUGCGUGCGUUAAGAGAGGUUUGAAGUUCUGUCUGCAACUGUUGCAGGUGCUACAGCUGAUCCAACAAGAAUCAGAGUGGCAGUCUAAGUAG